AUGUUGUUUUACCGUAUUCUCCUACCGUGCCUUCUAUUUCUCGUGCUAGUCGAAUCGGAUCCGACUCACAUGCGCCUCAAGUUCCUCUGCCGUCCAAAUAUUACCUGGUGUGGAAAAUUGUUGGUUUAUGAGUCAGAUAUUCUUGAACACGACGUCAAAAGCAUCAACGAUUUCUGUUCGUCCAGUGAAUCAAUUGAAUACAAAUCUGUAAUAUACGCCAAAGGAGAUGGAUCACCGAAUUACGAGUGGUCCUAUCAAUUGACUCACAACUGCACCUCUGACGGCAGAAUUAUAUGCACACGACCAGAUGAAAACAUAGUGACGCCAGUGGAGGGAACAUCUUACGUCGACGCUGAUGUAGAUGUCUAUGACCAAGGAAUGAAUUUCCGUUGCCUGCACCCCAACACCAAAAGACCAUAA